AUGUCGUCCCGGCCAACUUCCCCACCUGCUCCCUCAAGAUCCCUGCCAUCGCCCUCUGAGGAAGAAGCAGAUGCACCUUUGUCGGCCAGCUCACACUAUCACGAUCCUGCCCAGUCGCUUGUUGAAUACGACCCGCUGAUAGAUGAAGGUGAAGCCAGCGAGGCAGAUCGAACAUGGCAGACCAAGCUUUGGACCCUUUGGCUGGUCAACAAGGGCAUGUUCUAUGUGAUCGCAUCGCAGGCGUUUGGAGCGUCGAUGAACGUCGUGGCACAGAUUCUAGAGAACAAAUCUGGUAUGGAUCCAUUCCAGAUCCUCUUCGCCCGCAUGUCUAUCACGGCGCUGGCUAGCUAUCUAUAUAUGCUGUACGCAAAAGUCCCUGCGCCCUUAGGCACCCGCCCCGUCAUCCCUCUGCUUCUCGGUCGCGCCGUGUUCGGAUUCUUCGGUGUCUACGGGAUGUUCCUACUCGUCAUUACUUUCCUCUCGCCUAUCAUGGCCUGCUACGCAUGCUCAUUCUUGAUUCCCGGCGAUACGUUCUCCUGGCGCCAGCAAGUCGCGGCCGUCGUGUCGCUCGUGGGCGUUGUGCUUAUUGCGCGGCCUUUUGGGAGUAGUAGUUCUCCCAGUUCUGACGGCGACGGGCAUGGAAACCCGAGCUCGGCAGAUUCGUACCAUCAUAUCCUCGCUACCAUCGUGGCGUUUGUCGGUGCUUUCGGUGCUGCCGGGGCAUUUACGACCAUCCGUAUGAUUGGCACUCGUGCGCAUGCUCUGGUGUCUGUCACUUAUUUUUCCUUGGGGACGUGUGUAAUUUCUCUUGUCGCGAUGCUGCUCCCCUGGGUCCCAUUCCGCUUACCUAGCACCGUUCUGGAGUGGACACUUCUGUUGAUACUGGGCAUCUGUGGGUUCCUGCUGCAGUAUCUUUUGACGGCUGGUUUAUCCUACGCGCCCCCGCCGGGGAUCUCGAAGAACGGCCAAGGGUCUCGUGCGACGCAGGGUAUCUAUUCACAGUUGCUCUUCGCGUUACUAUAUGACAAGGCUAUAUGGGGUGCGACGCUCUCCCCUCUGAGCUGGAUAGGUAGUGCGCUGAUUCUGGGAUGUGCUAUUUAUGUGGCGAUGGCUCAAGAAGAGCCGGCCAAGCCAAAAGCGGAGGAGAUGGAUCACGCUGGGUUUAAAGAUUGCUAA